UGCGUUCCAGUGGAUUUGAAUUCCUCAAAGAUAAGUGCCCAUCAUUGCAGUCAGAUCUCCUAAAAAUGAUAGCAGGUUGCGAAGAGGAAUUUAGCAGCAGUGGGAAAAGCCGUAGUGUCUGGGCUCAGCUGUUAGAUGGUGAAGGAUUCUAGUGGGAAAAGCCACAGGGCAAGGCCUUGGACUGAUACUGGAUAAAAGCCUAUUAUUAUUAUCUACAAUGACUGUACUGUUUGUCAAGGUCUUGUAAGGCAUCUGACUUGGGAAGAUGAAACAAUCUUAGUGAUUUAUGAAUCAAUGCAACAUCCUCCUUAUCCGGCAAGACUGAAGGUACUACAAUAAUGUGUACAUAUGACAAUGCAUUUCAAGGUUUGAUCCUUGUUUUUUUCUGAUUUGCCAAGAAAACUCUGAAGGUUGAAUUCUCCAACCUUGUUCAGGAACCUUUUUAUGUAUACCUGUUCUACUUCAAUGGUUGAAGUUUUUCGUUUGGAUUAACUAUUAGAUUGCUGGAAGGAUGAGCAUUUACUCUAACCAUGGUGUCAUGUUGGAGACUUAAUCAUUUACACCUGUUCGCAUUUCUUCUGCUUUUGCAUGAUUGGGAACCGGCAAGUAUCUGAAAUUUUCUGAGUUGUUCUGUAAUCUGCUUGGCCUCCAUUGAUGUUGAAUUCUAUGGUACAUCAGGAAUGCACCCGCAGAUGCCCUUAGUUUCAAAUGCGGUGUUUUCUGAUUGAAUCGAUUGAGUAAUACGUGCAAGUGUUUAAAAAGCUGAAUGGAGCCUGCUAAUUCUCCGUUUAAAUGGAAUAGAAAUUGACAUAUGUUUCCUGGCUUAACCAGUUUGUGAAGAAAACUCAACUUGGAUAUUUCUAGUCAGCUUCAACUCACAACAAACGUCAUCACCGGCCCAAAGAGAGGCUCCAGGAUAAGGCUAUUUCUUCUUGCUCGCUCUGCCUCCGCUUAAUCGAAGCUUUAGCAAUGGCUGUCACUGCUUCCAUCUUCUCCACUCCAAGUCCUCUCCCCCUCGUACCCCCACUGAAGCACCUCAAGGCCUCCCACAAAUCUGCCUCUAUUUCUCACAGGAGGCAGCUCUCCGUGCUAGCCAUGACCUCCAUCUCCCUACCAAUCAACGUGGACUACUUGGAGACGGAGUUCAGCGGCCACGGCGUGAGCUUCCAGGGCGUCGGCGACAACUGCGCCGUCAAGAUGGGCAUGGAGAACGGUAGUGUGGCCACUCUCAUGCUGCCCAGUGGUCUCGUCACGUCUUACAAGCCCAUCAUGUGGCACGGUGCCACCUUCGAAGUGCUGCACACUACUGUUUCGGAGGGAGAGGCAGGGGAGGCAGUGGUUCGAGGAGGAGCCUCCAUGGAUUUCAAGAUCCAUGCAGAUGGAUGCUCGAUUCCAUGGUCUUCCAACCACUGGUCUCUUCAAAGUGUCAGAGGGAGCCCGGAAAAUUCCAUUCAGGUGGAGUUGCUAUCACUUUCUCCACACAGCAUGGUCGAAGCCAAAUUCUUGGUGACACUCGAUCAGGACUCUAUUAGCUCCGAACUGAUCGUCGCUAACACAAAAUCGUCGUCGGCGAUCGAAAUGUCGGGCUCCUUCAUCAGCCACUUGAAGGUGAGCACACCUGACGCAACCUAUGCAGUUGGGCUGCAAGGCUCAAAUUACCACAGCAAGAAGCCGAUAUCAUCAGAGUUCAGCAUCAUUCCGCCUUCAGCGUCUAACAGAAGAGGUAAUUCUGAUUCUCUGUCGACGCCGAAUGAGAAAGAAGAGGAAGAAGGCUCCAGUACAGAGGAAUCGGAGGGAGAGGAAGAUGAUGAUUAUGCACACAUGACAGAGAAGAUGAGUAGAAUAUACACCAGUGCACCAAGGCAGUUCACAAUCAUUGAUAGGGGAAGAAGAAACUCAGUUGUGAUACGGAGGAGUGGAUUGGAAGAGGUAUAUAUGUACAGUCCAGGAUCAGAGCAUGACUGGUAUGGUAACUAUGCAUACGUUUGUGUCGGACCAUCUGCUAAGCUGAGACCUCUCGUUGUGGCUCCUGGAGGCAUUUGGAGAGGGUCACAGUGCAUCCACAACCCAAACCUUUAAGGUUCAUCUGUGAAGUUACUUUGGAUGUACUCAUCGUCAAAGAAAGAAAGAGAUUAAAACUCACCUAAAUCUACAUGCUAAGUAAAAUAGAAUCCAUGGUUACUGAAUAAUGCCUCCAUUAUCGUAAAAUUUUAUUCCACAAACGAUCAUCAUACGCUUCUCUGUAUUUGUACAUGACAAUUGGUUCCAAAAUCCCUCAAACAUCUCGUG